GCUUGAAGUUUUAAAAUCAUAAAAAGAAAGUUUUCUAUUUUACCUUUGUGGUUGAGCCAAGAAUUGAAGAUAUUUUUACCUAUUGAGAACUACGGGUUUGACUGCUGAGCCUGGCCACUGACCAUGUAUGAAUCUUCAAGACUAUGUGUGUCUUCUCUUUCGCAGUAUCUUUGGGUUCAGCAGCUCCUCAGAAAAGGUGACUCUUCCGCCGAGAUGAGCGUGUACGCGAGCUUGUUUAAGGAAAACAACAUCACGGGAAAGCGACUGCUGCUUCUGGAGGAAGAAGACCUGAAGGACAUGGGCAUUGUCUCCAAGGGGCAUAUCAUUCAUUUAAAGUCAGCCAUCGAGAAAUUAACCCAUGAUUAUCUAAACUUGUUUCACUUCCCACCGCUAAUUAAGGACUCAGUAGGUGAACCUGAAGAAAAUGAGGAAAAAAUAGUGAACCUUGAACUUGUUUUUGGUUUUCACUUGAAACCAGGAACUAGCUCACAGGACUGUAAGUGGAAAAUGUACAUGGAGAUGGAUGGGGACGAUAUUGCAGUCACCUACAUCAAAGACGUGACGUUCAACACCAACCUGCCCGGCGCGGAGAUUUUAAAGAUGACAAAGCCCCCAUUUGUAAUGGAGAAGUGGAUUGUAGGAAUAAUGGAAAAUCAGACUGUAGAAUGUACUGUCACGUAUGAGAGCGAUGUUAGAGCUCCGAAAAGCACUAAGCAUGUUCAUUCGAUUCAGUGGACUAGAACGAAACCUCCAGACGAAGUGAAAGCCGUCCAACUUGCCAUUCAGACAUUAUUCUCCAGCUCAGAGGGCAACCCUAGAAGCAGGUCCGACUCAAGCGCCGACUGCCAGUGGCUGGACACGCUGCGGCUGCGGCAGAUCGCGUCCCACACGUCGCUGCAGCGCUCGCAGAGCAACCCGAUGCUGGGCUCGCACUUCCCGUACUUCAGCGACCAGGAUUCCUACGCGGCGGCGGUGCGGCGCACGCAGGCGCCCGUCAAGCAUCAGCAGAUCACGCCCAUAAACCAAUCCCGAAGCUCCUCUCCCACCCAGUACGCGCUGACCAAAAACUUCUCCUCUUUGCAUCUCAGCUCCAGGGACAGUGGCUUUUCCAGCCUUACCCCCGACAGCUCCGCGGAGAGGGCUCAGUACUCGGGGAGAAGCCGCAGCAAAUACGAGCGCGGCAGCGGGUCGCUCACUCACCUGUACCCCGAUUCAGAAAGAAAUACAAUGUUACCAAUUCCCGAGUCUUAUGGGAAUUCUGCCCUGUGUUGGGGUUCAGCACCUGUCAACCCAAGAUGUGCCUUUGUUAUUGUGGCUUGUUUUGAACUAAAGGCAACCAAGACCUUGUGGGCUCAAGAGAAACUUCUGCGCGCCCUCCCCCCUUUUAACUACCUGGAAGAAUUUGAGUUAUGGGCCUUGCCCGUAAGAGAUUAUCAGCGAUCACCGAACUACAUGGCAGGGGAAACUCCUGAUGUCUGA